UAUUGGACCAGAUCCCUGCCAGUGUGAUCCCAUGCUUGGAUUCGAAGGUUACCAUGGAGGCUGGUGGCCUCCCCCUGGAGCUGUGGCGCUUGAUCUUAGCCUACCUGCACCUUCCUGACCUGUGCCGCUGCAGCCUGGUAUGCAGGGCUUGGUAUGAACUCAUCCUCAGUCUCGACAGUACACGCUGGCGGCAGCUGUGUUUGGGCUGUACAGAGUGCCGCCACCCCAACUGGCCCAACCAGCCUGAUGUAGAGCCUGAGUCUUGGAGGGAGGCCUUCAAGCAGCAUUACCUUGCCUCUAAGACAUGGACCAAGAACGCUUUGGACUUGGAGUCCUCUGUCUGCUUUUCUUUAUUCCGCCGGAGGAGGGAAAGACGUACCCUGAGUGUUGGACCAGGUCAUGAAUUUGACAGCCUGAGCAGUGCCUUGGCAAUGGCCAGCCUAUAUGACCGAAUUAUGCUCUACCCAGGUGUAUAUGAAGAGCAAGGUGAAAUCAUCCUGAAGGUGCCCGUGGAGAUUAUAGGGCAUGGGAAGUUGGGCGAAGUGGCCCUUAUAGCCAGCAUUGAUCAGCACUGCUCAACCACACGCCUGUGUAACCUCAUCUUCAUGCCAGCCUGGUUCUCACCCAUCAUGUAUAAGACAACAUCAGGUCACGUCCAGUUUGACAACUGCAACUUUGAGAAUGGACACAUCCAGGUCCAUGGCCCAGGUACCUGCCAAGUGAAGUUUUGCACCUUCAAAAACACCCAUGUCUUCCUGCACAACGUGCCCCUCUGUGUCCUGGAAAACUGUGAAUUUGUAGGCAGUGAAAACAACUCUGUGACUGUUGAGGGUCACCCAUCUGCAGAUAAGAACUGGGCCUACAAGUAUCUGCUAGCACUUAUCAAGUCCUCUCCCACUUUGCUGCCCCCAGAGGACUCUGAUUUUUUAAUGUCCCUGGACCUAGAGAGCCGAGACCAGGCCUGGAGCCCAAAGACUUGUGACAUUGUAAUUGAGGGCAGCCAGAGCCCUACCAGCCCAGCUGCUAACUCCCCAAAGCCAGGUUCCAAGGCUGGCUCACAGGAGGCAGAGGUGAGCAGUGAUGGGGAAAGGGUGCCCCAGGCCUCAGACAGCAGCGAUGGAGGCCUGAGUCCCAGUGGUGAAGAUGAAGAUGAGGAACAGCUCACAUACAGACUGUCUUACCAAGUGCAAGGCCCACGCCCAGUACUGGGGGGCUCCUUCCUGGGCCCACCCCUGCCAGGAGCAUCCAUUCAGCUGCCCAGCUGCCUAGUGCUGAACUCACUGCAGCAAGAGCUGCAGAAGGACAAGGAGGCCAUGGCACUGGCCAACUCUGUGCAGGGCUGCCUCAUCCGCAAGUGCCUCUUCCGGGAUGGAAAGGGAGGCGUCUUAGUCUGUUCCUAUGGCCAAGCCAAGAUGGAAGGAAACAUCUUCCGGAACCUGACUUACGCAGUGCGGUGUAUACAUAAUAGCAAGAUCGUCAUGCUCAGGAACGACAUUUACCGCUGCCGAGCGGCAGGCAUCUUUCUUCGCUUGGAGGGCGGAGGCUUGAUCGCUGGCAACAACAUUUACCACAACGCGGAGGCUGGUGUAGACAUCCGGAAAAAGUCUAACCCUCUCAUACUGUGUAACCAGAUCCAUCACGGCCUGCGUUCUGGCAUUGUUGUCCUUGGCAAUGGGAAAGGCAUCAUCCGGAACAAUCAAAUCUUUUCAAAUAAGGAGGCUGGCAUUUAUAUCCUGUACCAUGGAAAUCCAAUCGUGAGUGGGAACCACAUCUUCAAGGGCCGUGCUGCGGGCAUAGCAGUGAACGAGAAUGGCAAAGGCCUCAUCACAGAAAAUGUCAUCCGUGAGAAUCAGUGGGGAGGUGUGGACAUCCGCCGUGGAGGGAUCCCCGUCCUCAGGAGUAACCUCAUCUGCUUUGGCUAUUCAGAUGGUGUGGUCGUGGGAGAUGAAGGCAAAGGGCUGAUAGAAGGAAAUACCAUUUACGCUAAUAAGGGCUGUGGUGUGUGGAUGAUGUCGUCCAGCCUGCCCCAUGUCACCAGCAACCACGUCAGCUACAAUGGCCUGUACGGAGUAGCAGUGUUCAGCCACAAGGACGGCUCCAGUGAGUUUCCUGGAGGCCAUGGAGCCCAGGAGAACUUCAGCGAGGACAGGGAUGCCAUCCUCUGGGAGACAGAGCUAGAGAAGGAGGAAGACCCACUGCGCCGGCCCAUCACCAUAGCUCUAGUUGAGUCUAACAGUAUUAAUCACAAUGGAGCCUCGGGACUCUAUGUCCAGAGCAGUGAGGCACUGCAUGUUAUCACCAAUGUGAUCCACGCUAAUGGGGACAGAGGCAUCACUGUGGCCCAGAGCAGCCAGUCCACCCGUGUGACCAACAACAGCAUCUCCUGCAACCGGCAGAGUGGAGUCAAGGUUGAGGCCCAGUGCAAGGUGGAACUCCGGGGCAAUGGUAUCUAUGACAACAGAGGCCAUGGCAUUAUCACCAAGGGCGAUAGCACUGUUGUCAUUGAAAAUGACAUCAUUGGCAACCGGGGCAGUGGGCUGCAGCUACUGCCCAGGUCUGACACUAAGGUAAUAAAGAACCGGAUCCAUUCAUUCCGAGCUUAUGGCAUUGCAGUUCGAGGUCGUGCUAAGGCCCUGGUGCAGGAGAACAUCAUCUUCCAGGGCAAAACCAACAAGACCAUCUUUCAGCAGAUCUCAAACAACCGAGAAUGCAUCAUGCAAAACAACAAGUUCUUAGUCUUCAAGAAAAAAUCGGAUACAUGGCGCCUGGUGAACCCACCAGCACGGCCUCACCUUGAAAACUCUCUCCGAGGGCCCUCUGCAGCCCACAGUGGACAGAAGAUGACAGCCAUGGCGACCCGAAUCACAGCCCGUGUUGAAGGUGGUUACCACAGCAACCGUAGCAUUUUCUGCACCAUCCUGUGAGGACAAAGACCUGCCCUGGGCCCUGAAAGGUGCUCAGAGGAGCUGAGACGGAGACAGUGCCUGAGAAACCUGCCUUUGGAGGCUGGAGAAAAUGAGUUUGUUUUACUUAUGGAUACAGUUCUCUUAGACUUGGACAAGGACCUGCGAGGGAGGAAGGGGCUUGGGAAUGGGAGCCCUUCUUGAAAGGCUACCCAGGGAUGAUGGGGCCAUGCUGAAAACGGAAAGGGGGAGUGUAUGAUAGAAGGCUCCUUUCAGGCAGCCAGGGGUUGCAGUCAGGUGCUGGGCCAGGCUGGGCAGCUCUACUCCAUCUUCAAAUAGCUCCCAAACUCAGGAGGACUUUAGCUUACUGCCUUCUAAGGAUUCAAAUCCCACGUGAACACACACCAGCCACCCCUCCUGGGCACAGUCCUAUGGAGGUAGGGGUGCCUGGGCCCCUGGUACGUAUCCACAUUCUCAUGGAUGGGCACUGGCCUUUACUGACCCUGCUGUGUGUUCUCACUCUGUGCCUUGGCUCACGUUCUCUCUUCUUCCUCCUGGCAUGCCUUUUCCACCAUCCUUAUGUGUCCAGGCUAUACAGGUUUCUCAAGGUUUAGCUCAGACACUACUGUCCCACACAGCUCUCCCACCCUCUGCCCACCUCCUGAGCCCCAGUAGCCCUUUCUCUGUUCCCUCUCAGGGUACUGAGCACUUUCUGCCUUGUUUUGGAGCUAUCCAGGUCCAUAACUUGUCCUUCCCACUUGCCUGUGAGCUGCCUGCAGGUAGACCACAUCUGUCCAGAUCCCAACCCUGGGUUAGGGGAGGGACAGUGGUCUGAGUGUGGGAAGCAAGGCCAGCUCCCAAAGGGCUUUAUUGAACCGUACUGUGAAUGUGUCAGGGUUCCAGAGCCAGCAGCUAGUACCCAUUGCUCAAAGAAGGGGGCUGGAUGCAGGGCUGGCUCAGCCUGAACAGUCCCCUUCCCACUCAGCUUUUCAUGUGGGGCCUUCACCAGCACGAUGGGGUUGCUAUCUUGCACUUGGCUGAUGGCUUCCUGGCUGGGCUGGUUCUGCCAGGCCCUCGGUGCUGCUCUAUUGGGUGGGAUGGGAGAGGGGAGGGAACCAGGAGCACUGGCCUCCCCAAGGACCGUGAGCAUGAGAGUGCUACUCCUCCUGUCCCUGACACUGUCCUUUGCACUCUGCCCCAAUGUUGCUGUACAAAAUGCUGCCUUUAUUAUUUUUUAAGAAAUGACUUUUCUGUGAACUAAGUAUUGAUGAAAA